CUAAAACCCCUCCUUCACCCUUCGAAACCCACAGGCGCAAGAAGCACAUACUCUUCUAGGCCCUAUACCAUGUCUUCUACCCAUAAUGGCCAAACCCCAAAACCAUAUGUGGUCUUGUUUUAGACUGUUGUUUCUCUGAGAGUGCCUACCAGUGCGACGAUCCCAACCUCCGCUUUCUCCCUUGCUCCGCUCCGCUCCACCAGAUGGAGUUCGGCAACAACGACACAGAAGAGGUGGAAGCGAUCGCUUCUGGAGAUCGCGACGCUUCCAUGCGGCUCAACUGGCUGAUCAACCCAACCGGGUAUUCUAUACUCGCUGCAUGCGGUCCUCACGAGGAAGGCUUUGAGAGCGAGUUUGAGGGAGAGACUCGCGGCGCAGUGUCUCAUCUUCUCCUGAAGGCGUUGCAAGAGCGUGGCGGCCUUGGGAAGAGACUCCAGGACAUCUACGCCUACCUUCAAGCCAAGUUUAAAGACUAUAGCCGUGUCUUACAGCAGAACCCCGUGCUUUAUGGAAACAAACGCCAGGGCUUCUUCGGAUAUGCAAGCUCGGACACUACCACAGUAGCCGUCCCGAUCGUGAGGGGACCAGACAGUAGCCUCCAACUACAAGCCGGCCAGGCACAUGGCAUUUCUUGCGGCGACCGAUUCACGCUCUAUCCGGUAAGCGAAACAGAAAGCAACAACAACUCCGGCACGCGGGACGACAGACUUCUCGGCAGGGUCAUCGGAGUCAGCGCUCUCACGUCACAGCUUGAACAAGUGGACACGGCGGCACCUAACACCAGUCACGCCGAGACAAGGUGGCUCGCGAGGCCACUGACCCGCUGCUCUCUUCAGAGAUUUCCUAUCCAGCUCUCGCCUGAUAUCCUCCCUCGGGAAUCGUGGCUGACGGCCAUGAAAGAGCGGUCUCUUGGUAUUCACGGCGACUCGGACAGCGGCAGCACAGCAUCAUUCCGCGUCGAGUUGAAUAGCAAUAAGGAAUACGAAAUCCAAGACGAGUCCGGCCAAAAACUCGCCAAUCUGCCCCUUAUGCUACAAGGCGAGACAGAGGCCGGCUACUUCUGCGACGUCAUAGAACACCUGGCUAGGUUCGCACUGGUUAAGCAGCUUACCAGGCCUAGCAUGGAGGAGCCUGAAGAACGGGCGGCAGAGCCAUUCGCCACGUCUUUCAGCAUCCAGAUCGUCACCCGGUCCGGGACUGUUGUCGAUGCAGGGUGCCCUGUGCAGGUGCACCACAGCGAGAAACAAUGGACCUUUGAGCUGCGGGUCGAGAACAAAGGGGACAAGGCCCUGUACCUAUAUGUGUACGACAUGGAGCCUCUUUGGCAAGUAAAUGGCAUUGGCUUUGGGACGUAUCAAGUCGUUCCCCCGAGGGACGAUGAUCGAAGGUUCUCGGGAACCGUCAAGAAGAAGCUGAAGACAAUGAUCCCCGCUGAAAUGCUGGCUGAAGGGCACCGCCAGUGCGAGGACAUAAUCAAGGUGUUUGUCACAUCCCAGCCAACGUCAUUUGAUACAUUGGAGCUGCCAAUUAUUGGUGGAGUCGCCCCAGAAAAAAAGACAUCGUCGAGGAUUAGUUAGGUUGGCGAUGAUUCUCUGGCCCAGUGGGCUGCGCUGAGUUUCCCCACUUACACAUCCUUCAAGUAGUCUCGGAUACUGAGAGGUGGACUAAUUCGCUCGAAGGGAGACAAUAAUUUCCAGGGUUCUAAGAGACCCUUGUUCGCUACCAUUUA